AUGGCAAGGCCUCUCCCCCGUGCUGGCCGCACAUCUGGAAUAAGAUGCAGCCUGGCGCUGGGUCUCCCAGCCGCCUGGCGCCCCCGCCCCACUGGCCUCGGUGGGGAAAGCGGGGGGCGGAGCCCUCCGCGCUCUCGGGAGGGGGCGGGGGCGGGGCUGCGCCGAGACCCUGCGGCCCCCGCCCGGCGACCCCGCGCCGUUCGCGCGGCUGCUGCGCCUCCGGAGGAGCCGCCGGAGACCCGGCGCUGUGGCACCCGAAAGCAGGUCCGCGCGGCUCCUUGCCCUCGCGUCCCUCUUUCUCGCUUAUUUUCCUUAUUUUCCUCUCUCGUUCCUUCCUCCCGCCCCCCAACCGCGGCGGCGGCGGCGGCGGCGGCAGAAACGUCUGGAACACCCGGGCUGAGAGCACUGCCCGCCGAGCCGCCGCGGGCCCCGCCGCCGCUGGGCUCCUCUGGGCUCGUCUUCCUCUGUGCGCCCGCGGUGGGCUCGGGGCACCGGCCUUGGCCACCCACCCCCGCCCCCAGAGCCCGGCGGUCGUUGGAGGCCGGCUGUCCUUGGACAGAGGAAGUCGCUCUUCUGCUCGGAGAGAUCCUGGCGAGGAGAGCAGAUGGGCGCUGUCCCCUGGCAAUGUCCCCGCAGCCGGGAGGAUGCUGUAGUUCCUUCCGUCCUGGAGGAGCGCCGGAAAAGGAUCCCAGCCGAUUUCAGACAUUGGUUAUCCGUGUGAAGCCCAGUGAUCGAGAAGGAAAUCUGGUCAUAACCAGCUUUUGGUGGAGAAAAAAGGACCCCGGGGAGCUGUGAGACCUGGACAUCUCCCCAGGGCCAGCUUGUUUGGAGAGCCUCUGUCUUGCUGGUAGCUGCUGGACUAGGGCCUGGGCCCGAGAAGUUUGCUCUCUGGUGCUUUCUCUGGCGCCUGGAGAGCUGUCAUGAAGAGAAGCUCCUGGACCUUAAUAGACGUGGAUCUUGGUUGAUGUCUUUAUGGGGAAGCUGGCAAGGUGGGGGCUGUUGUCCUUCCAGUGCCACGGAUCAUAACUGAG